GGGCAAUUUGUGAUUCUUUUCCGCAGCUCAAACACCCCGAGGUUCUUCACUCCAUGGGAUGACUGCUUGAGAUGAAGAGCUGCCGUGGGCUUGCCGCCAUUGCCAAGAGCACACCGUGGCACUCAAAUCCAAGCACAAAAUUUCCAUUAUGGACACGUGCUAGUGUUCAGUAUGCAAGGCCGCCAGGUGGUUAUGGUGUAGCUGUGGGCCGAACCUCAUCGGCCCGCCAAAUAGCCACAACACAUUCUGGCUGGAGUGCAGCGCCGCUUCCCUCUGCCCCGGAUGUUGCCAAUCGUGUCAAAUCUGUUUUACGGCGGAUGCCGCAGUCCGUUGUGGUCAUUACGGCCGCCGGGGCAUCGCCAACCCAAGGUCACGACAGUGGCUUGUCUGGAAAGCAGGACUUGGAACCCGUUGGAAUGACUGUGUCAUCCUUUGCCUCCUUGGACCUGGAUGGUGACGUGGCUGCCGUUGCUUUCAACGUCAAGAGGCCUAGUAGAACAUUGGACGCAAUUGCCUGGGGCGGCGGUGCCUUCAACGUCCACGUGCUGGCGGGGACCGAAGCCGGCGCACGUGUAGCGCACCACUUUACGCGACCAAACGGAGCGAAUCCGUAUGAAGUCAGGGACGGGGAACUCGAACCUAGCAGUCAUGCAGCGGCAUUGGGUCUCUUCGAUGAGCUGGAGAGGAGAACGGGUUGCGUUGCCAUCUCCACCGGCACUGACCAUCGAGGUCACACCAGCCCGCCGAUGCUCCAGGGCCCAGGGGUCCUGUACGUCCUCAAGUGCGCCCUGGCAGAGCCGGCUGAGAGAAUGAUGUUGCCAAUCAUGAACCAUACCAUCGUUGUCGCGGGAGUGACAGACGUAGUGGCAGGCGAAUUGCCUCUGAAAGAGGGCGAGCAAGGGGUCGAGGCUCUGAACGGAACUCACCCCACGCUUGGGUUGACGUAUGGGAACCGCCACUACCGCAGCCCGGGUGGUAUCAUACUCAAUGGGGACGGAUCUGCCCGGAAAGCCUCUGAAAAGUGAGCGAGCAAGCCAUAAAGGAUUCAGGUGCUUCAAUUGCAGCGAUACCGCGCGCUAUCUGAAGCUACUGCUCUUCUUUCAUUGGGCAAGCAGAGAGUACUGGGGCUUUUCCGGCAUUGACGCAGACCCAAAGGACGCAGACCCAAAGGGGCUAAUAUGGCUUCUAGGGGACCGUGCAAGUCAUCCAGCCGGUGCUGUAUAUGACGGCCGCGGCCUACAAGUUCUGUAAGAUUUGUAUUAUCUGAUGUAACAUAAAAAUACCCAAGGUGUGAAUAAGAGCAUACGAUAGAAUGUCAACAGAGAGAAUUCAUCUAGCGGGAGUACAUUCGAGCAGAAUUGAAAUAGGAAACAGGCAAGCUAUGGGGUAAUACACGUUUGAAAGCAUGGGUGAAAUGACAUUAUCACUUCACCAAUUGUCCAGGCCAAGUUAUUUCAGAUCACAAG